GACAGCAGCGGCUGCUCCCGUCAAAGACCGGCAAGGCAUUCAUUCACUUGGGCAGAAUGGCUGAGCUGACACCAUCCACAUCGUCCAGUCCUGCCCAUGCAAACACUGUAUUCCGAUCCCAAUUUCCAAACGCAAUUAUGGAUCCCCAAGCGACGGCUUCGCAGCUUUCGCGGAAUGGAUCUCUCGGGACGCCCACAAUGAGACCUUGAGAUCUCUUACAGCACCGACAUGACGCUGAAAGAUGCAGCCCGAACCUGGGAAGUGCUCGUGGAAUAAAACGCUCAAGGACAGGAGCACGCCCAACGGUACAUGAUACUGGUUGCCGAUAUCCAGCAGGCUCUAAGAGAAUACUGUGUGCUCUGGUUUCCUUUCUCACGUCGGGGCGUGCUGACUGGGAUAGAUGGAACGCUCGUCAUGCAAAGCCAGGUCGCAAAUCUACACAAGCUGAGCGAGAGGACGGUCGAUGCCUUCAGUCACUGGUUCAACACACCAUUCCCGGUACUCGGCGGCCAAUCCAAACACUUUCUCGACGCCCAGGACGACCUCGUUGCUCUCACGGCUCAGGAAGACUCCUCCCCGGUGUCCCAACUGCUGAGAAGGUACUGGCCUGCAAAGGUGAGCAAAGACGCUUUCAUCACGAACACAUGGCCUGACUCUGGGGCGAAACUCUUCAGAGAGAGCCCGCGCGGGACGGAGCACUCCGCAUCGGACGCUUCGACGAGAAGAGAGCCUCGGCUGUUGCCAGGAUCCUUACCGUUCUCACGGCCACCAAUCUCUUGGUUGGAGUAAUCUUUGCCUUGUAUUAUGUUGAGGAUGCAGCACUAAAACUUGUCAUGAUACAUUUGUUCGCCACCCACCAUC